AAGAAGGAAAAGUUCGUCGAGCCAGCCCCAGCCCCAGCCCGGGAAACCUACACCAGAAUGUCCCGAAAAUAUCUCUCGAUCGAAACGCUGAAUCGAUACCGAAUCGACUACGAAUUCGAUAUGGAUCCCGAAUAUGUUCUUAUCAAGCGAUGGGUUCCAGAACACGAGCAAGAUUUAUUGUGGAACCACACUCGUGAAAUCCGAGAGCUCAGACAGCCCACCACUAUUCUUGCCAUCGAAGGCAAGAAGAAACACCAUGAGCCCGAGUUUGAAUUCGUGCGAAAGAAGAAGCACCACGAGAGGAAGCCGUCUCCUUCCGCAUUGCUAACCUACCUAGCCGGUGGCAGGCGAUAAGGAGAGGAUAUGAAGAGGGAGUAACGACACACACUCGUGCAUCUUGAGAUUUGGAUUUUUGGAGGAGUCUUGAGCUCCCUUGUGGAGUUGUUGCUUUUUGGUGAUAUUUCAAAAUUCUCGUUCCUAUACCAAAUCGAAAAUACCCAAUCAAUCAAUAAGAGUCCGCCCGAAGGAUUGAGAUCAAGUCCUUGACAUGUCAUGAAUCGGGGGGUUUGAGGUGAAAACUUUUGAAUUAUUUGAGUGGUAUCUUUGUUGGUCCAAUUUCAAAAAGUAGUGUUGUUACAGUACGCCCUCGCCAUGCGUA